GUGAUUAACUAGUGAACCAUUUAUUUCAUGAUUCACCCUAAAUAGAUGCCACCACUAUUUAUAUAUUUUAAAAACCAUUUUAAUUGCCUCAAGAGUUCAAGAUUCCUCUUUCUCAUCGUGCAAGCUGCAUCCAUCAAUAAAUCUUCCUCAAUUCAUUCUUCCCCAAAUCUGACAAACAAACAAAAUCAAAAAAUGGGUUUUGUGUUAAAGCUCGUAGAUGCCAUCUUGUUCCUGUUCUUCCUCUUGAUAGCAAUCGUGGCACCAUUGAUAGAUGCACAAACGUGUCUUCCUCUCUCUUACUUCCCUGAUUUUCUUGUCAAUGUUAAAACAUGGUACACCAAUGAGUAUGGUGAUUAUCUUGUUGUUGACAAACCCCAUUUCUUCGUUGGUCUCGUUUGGCUUGAGCUUCUCUUUCAAUGGCCUCUUUCUCUUAUCAAUAUCUAUGCCAUGUUCUCUUCCAAGCCUUGGUUUAAUACCACUUGCUUGAUCUAUGGGGUUUCUCUCUCCACUUCCAUGGUUGCUGUACUAUCAGAAAUGAUGGGAUCGAAGAAAGCAUCUGAUAAACUAUUGAAAAUGUAUUUCCCUUUCAUGUGUUUGGGUAUUUUAGCGACUCUGAGAGGCUUGCUGACAAGUUCCUCCAAGUCUUCAUCAGCUUUUGGUAAAAGACAUGCAAUGGCGAGGAAAAAACGUGCUUGAAACAGUUUUAUUCAAUCAAUCUUGAGUAAAUGGGUAGAGAAGAAGAUUUAUAGGUGCGUAGGGAUCGAUGUAGCAUGCAACAUGCAAAUAUCCCCUCCUCUAUUUCAUGUUUUGGUAAUUUUUAGUGUCGAGUUUGAGUUUGUAUUUAUCGAGUCAUAGAGAGACUUUAGAUUCAAUUCAAUUUAUAUUCUUAAGUUGCUGAGUUUUGCAUCAAAUCUCUCUGCAACUUCUUAGUAUCUGUUUGGUUUCACAUUUAACAUAUUGAAUUACACUUUCAACUUGUUUGGUUAUUA